AUGGAGUUGAGCAUUGGAACCACUGUGGACUUGCCCGGAGGUGGUUUGGGAGUGUUACGGUUCAAAGGCCAGGUUGAAGGAAAGACAGGGCUAUUUGCUGGAGUUGAGCUUGUUGGCGAUUCUGUCAGCAUGGGAAGGAACUCUGGAGAUUUCAAAGGGAGGAAAUAUUUCAACACCCGAGUACCUAACUCGGGACUCUUUUUGCCAUACAAGAAGCUUCAAUUGUCACAAAUGGAGAACAAAUCGCCAUACACUGGAGAGAUAAUAGAGUCUGAGACCCCGGUUAGGGCCCCAAGGGCAAAUACAACUCCUGCGCUGGCCACUCCUCCAAUGGUGACGUCGCUGCCCAACAGAUCACCGCUGAGCUUUGCUCCCAUCAACAAGCCCCCACAGCCCAGAGGUGGGAAGUUCCCAAUAAUAACUCUCAAGUCCCCGGUGGAGAUCCAUCCUAUCAAGGGAGAUGUUGAGAAUACCGGUUCACAGAGACGGCCCAGUGCGCCUAGGACUGGUUCCUCGGAAGACCAUUCCAGCCACCCGGGGUCUCCCAAGGAAAGAAAGUUCGAAUCUCAGAUCCAGGUUCUGCAAGUUCAACUGAAAAAAUCGCAGGAUGAAAGAAACUCUUUGAGCUCGAAAGUUGAGCGAUUUUCCAAAGAACUAGAUGAGCGCAAUCGCAUUCUCAAGAAUCUACAAUCCACCAUCCAUGACCAUCUGGAGCCUGCUCUGGCGGAAAUGGAAAAAGAGCUAGCCAACAAGGACUCCAAGAUGGUCAGGUUGAAGAAGAAUGCCGAGGCUCAGAGGCAGGAAUUCAUGGAGGUUAUUGAGAGUUUGGAGAGACAGGCUGCAGAGAGUGCCGAGAUGUACGAGGCAGAGCUUAUGAAGUAUCAAAACGAUUCGCAAACGAUGAGCUCUCUGGAGAAGAGAGUGGAGGAACUAGGGAAGAUGCUCAACAAUAACGAAUCUGCAAAGGCCAAUCUCGUGCAACAAAUAGCCCAACUGACGAAGACUCUCCAGGAGAAAGACGCAAAGAUGAAAGAUAUGACAGCCGAGAUCGCCAAGCAACACGAGUUGACCAACGACUUGACGAAACGACACGAAGAAGAUAAGAAAGAGCUUGCCAGACUGACAAAACUGUCGGAAGACGCCUCAAAGAGCCAGCCUAGAAACUUCGAAGACGAACUCCAGAUUAACGAAAAGACCAUAAAACAAUUGACGCAGAAGAACAGAGACUUACAGGAUAAGCUCAAGCAGUUGGAGUCACACCAGACAGAGCUCAACAAGGCUCGGGCCAAAUCUCCACAGAUGUACACUAAAGAUGCCAUGGACCUGGUCAGGCACCAGCGCGAUUCCAUUGAACGCGAAAAGAACGAGGAGAUCAGGAACUUACAGGCUAGGAUCGCCAGUCUUGAGACGGGAUCUCUCGUUUCGAAAGUACCAUCAUUGACGAACUCGUCGUCUUCGAUAAACUCUCCGGCAUCCAGUCCCGUGCUGGGACGGGUAUCGCAGGUUGUCGAUGGACAAUUGAGAGUCUACAUUCCUCCAGAACCGGUGGAUGCCUCCGCCGGAAGGAACAAAUGGUGCGGUCUAUGCGAGAGAACAGGCCAUGAAAGUAUCGAUUGCCCUUACGAGAACGACAUGUUCUGA